UUGGGAGGAAAAUGGAUAUGAAGGAGCAAAGGGCAAAUCAGUAGCCCAUACAGAACUAUGGAAAAAGAUAGCCGAGUUGAUGUUAAAUAUGAACAUAAAUGUUGUCCACCAGAGAGCCCACGUUAAGGAAGGGGCUCAUUGGAGAGGAAAUGAUGAAGUUGAUAAAUACGUCCAAGAGAGAAAGUUAGUUGUUGUAGGAGCAGACGGAUGGGACAAGACCCCCGGAGGAAAAGUGGUCCCAGACGAGUUUGUGCGUGAGAUUACUACGGCCGUACAUGAAGCGCUAGGCCAUGGAGGUACCUUACCCACAAAGAAGGAGCUGGAAAGACUGGAGCUUUGGAUCUCAGAUAAGAAAAUCCGAGCUGUGUUGUGGGACUGCGAGCAGUGUAAUAGAUACAACGCAGGACGCCAAGGACAGCGAGCUGAAGGAUUGACUAUCAAAAGCACUGUGCCAUGGGCAUCAGUCUGCAUGGACGUAGCAGGCCCCAUGGGAGUGAAUGGCGCGAAAGGUGAGAAGUACCUAAUCGUGCUAGUGGAUUCGAUGUCAGGACAUUUUGGAUUAAAAGCAGUGCGGAAAGCUAAUGCUAGAAGUAUGAUCAAGACACUGGAUGAAGGAUGCAUGUGGCUAGGAAUACCAAAAGAGUUAAGAACAGACAAUGGAACCCAUUUCAAAAACGCUGCGGUGGACAGGUGGUGUUAAAAUUGGGGAAUAAAUAGAGUUUAUUAUACCCCCCAAGCCAAUGGUGUGGCUGAAAGGACCAUUGGUUUGGCUAAAAAUUGGCUAGGAAAAAAUGCUAAUGUAAAAGAAUGGAGUGAAAAGUUGGUGGAAUUGGCCAAGGACUUGAAUGGGAGGAGCAGGACUGGAAGACCAUCCCCCUCAGACGAAUUAAACCAACGCCCCUUUGUCACCCCUGACAUUGGCAGAAUAAAAGAGGAGGCAAGCCUCCCGAAAGGAAAGUGCCCGUUACAAGUGGGACAGCGAGUGUGGGUCAAGUCACAUGGCGUAUCUGACGUAAAAACCAAAUAUGAAAAUCCUGACAUCGUAGAAGAAGUGUUGGACAGAAACACAGUGCGCCUCAAGGAGAGAGGGAUCCAAGGGGUAGAGCAUCUUAAACCAAUACCAGUUGAUUCGGUUAGAAGCCGAGGAAAUAGAAACAAGAUAUGAGUACUGAAAGGGAAGAAGACGUUCCGCCUUUUGUCCAGCUGGCCAUGAUAAAAGGUGUUGUGGUCACACGGAGGACUCCGAGUGGAGUAAUGGCCGGAAGAGCAUUUAAACUGUUGGAGAAUGCUAAAAGAGGAUAUCUAUCCAAGGAGAUGGAGAGUUUGUGUUGGCACCAUGUGAAUCAAGGCUGUGGCUCCUGCAGAAAACCCGAAUCACUGGAUAACAGAAGGCAUGGAACUAGCCAGGAUUGGACAGCCGGUUCCCCAACCUUGGAGAACUUAGGCCCAGCCAAAGUACUUGACGCCUACAUAUGCGAAAGUUGCAGAGUGAGAUAUUUGCCCAGAUUAAGAUUAUAUGCCCAAUGGGAUUGGAACCCACAAGAAAAUGAAGGACAGAGAAACUGUGAAUGUUGGUGGGAUGGACUAACGCUACUAUAUUGUGACCACUGCUGGAGUAGGGUCCAGGAUGGAACAUUGGUGUUAGCCGGUCGAGCCGAGGGAUGGCAAGUGACCAAGGCAGAGACACCAAUAAGCCGGUUGCCUCCCAUUUUGACUCACCCUACAAAGAAAGAAUAGAUUUGGGACGUCCGAGCCUACUCAACACAAAUUGGCCGGGGUGGGCAGGAAAUAAACGCCCCGCAAAAGUAAUGGAACAAUCAGUACCAGUAGCAUCUAUGAUGCAAUUGGAUCCCCUUUACACAUCGGGGACUGAUACAUCCUGGGAGAUGAUAAUUGGUAACAUUUUAGCCAAUGAACACAUCCCCAUAAUCACAUUACCCAACGCUCCGCACGAGCGAGAAGCGGGAGGAAACGGCUUGUAUACUUAUCAAACGUUGUUGGACGAAACGACUAAGAAGAGGGAUAGAGAAAGUUGCUAUAAUACAGAUGAGUCCCCUGGCACCUCACCUGGUGUUCUCAGCAAAAACAGCAGUAAAACAUUGGGUCGAAGUCAGGGUUAUGGUGGCCUUGACACCCUAUGAAGGAAUAUACUCCAUAGGAAUGAAGUUGUCAAUGAGAACAACUGUCAGAAGAGAGGAAAAAGGUCAAAGUAAAAGCCCUACAAGGGUCUCAAGUGGCUUGAGUAGAAAUACAAAAUUAUUGUCGCUAGCAGAAGCAGCAACAGAGGAAUUAAAGAAAUUGGGAGAGGAGAUAGAGACUGCUUCAAACGGCUCAGGCAGUAGCAAUGAAGAAGUUCAUAGUUUAAAGAAACGCACUGAGAUUAAGAAGGGAAGGACCAGGUGCCCCUACCCUAACUGUACUGGUGACGGGCACGUGCUGUCAGAUAGGAUAUACCAUUGAUCUCUGAGAGGAUGCCCUAAAUAUAAUAAAGAAUGGCCAAAGGGUUAUGGGAGCCCGAAAUGGAAGGAAAUAAGACGAGUAGUGAAAGAAAGGGAAAACCCUUUAAAAGAUGAAGAAUGGGAGCCCGAGAAGAUCGGAAGGAGUAGGCGACGACGGCCUGCAGAGGGAAACGCUUCCCCAGAGAAGGAGGCACAAGAACCAGAGGAAAGCCACCGCAUACAUACGAUUGAUAGUGGUGACGAAGUAGUUAAGGGAUGGCUCUCUCGUCUGUGGAAUAGACCAAUCGAAGAGUCAUCAUCCUCUUCGACACAGGAUUAAGACCUAAGAUGAAAAAAUUAAGUGCGCGAUUUAGAAGCUCGUGGGGUUACUUUAGAAACACCAACGGCGUCUAUAUAAGACGUAUUGAAAAAGAUAUUGUUGGCAUUGCGAGAAUCACAAGAUAAAGAAAAUAUGGUUUGAUACUUGGAUUAUAAGGAACAGCCCCUUAAGGGGGUGGAGCAAAUGUGCGAGUGAAUAUAUAGUCGGAUUGAUGCAAGUGGACUGAGAACUGCCCCGUCACACCCCGCAUAACGAGGAGAGAGAGGAAUGGAUCAGCUGAAUGCCCUGAGGAUUCGUACGACUAAAUUGGAGGAACAAGCGUCGAACAUAGCAGAUGCGUUAAGGCUCACACUAACAGCACUACAGGUAGUACAAAAAGGACAGGAGGAGAUUACAGCUCUUGUAUUGCAGCAUCAAGCCGCAUUUAUAGACCAGAAAUCCCUUCUCACCAAAUUGGAAGAAUUCUUACCAAGGACUACUGGGAAGCUGUUCACUCUAUCAGCCGAGGUGACUAACUUGUCCCAUAAGUUGGAUGAAAUAGAAGAAAGACAACUGGAUCGCUAAAAGGAAUAUUUGCCCGACUGGACUUCACGGACCUGACGGAUAUUCAAGUUACUAGGACCUACCUCCAGGAAAGGAGCAACGGUCACAACCAAGAACAAGCAUGACCGAACCAAGAGCUGAGGAGAAGAUUGAAUGCAAAGAACCUACUAACCAAAUAGAAAGGGAACCAGGCGGAAAGAUGGAAGGGUGGAACUUUCAGACAACUGACACCCCGCAUUACGAUACUCCUAACCCGCAUUACGAUACUCCUAAACCGCAUUAUGAUACUCCACAGCCAAGGACUUUAAAGGACCCCUUGUCACAACAUCAAGAGGUAGGACAACCAGUUCAUACAUAUCGCAACCUAGAACGAGCGGUAGAACAAAAGGAGAAUAUGUACGAGGUACCAACGGGAAGGGAAUCGGAGGAAACCCAGUAUGAACAACCCGACCAAGAUAUAGGAUGGGACUCAUUCAGUCAAGAUGCAAUACCCCGUUAUAGCACACCACGGGUGUUCUGGCUCAAAAAUAGGAGGAGAAUAAAGCGUAUCGGGUUCUUAGCGUGCGGCUGUAUCAUCAUGUAUGCCCUGUUGAUGUUGCUGACGAACCUCAACACUCGGGUUGAAAUCAUACGGAAUAACCAAGUACAGAUGGUGGAGAAGUGGAAACAGAAUAAUAGAUCUGACUCAGGCACAGGACAAGACCCAACUGAUGGUUGUAAUAAGUCUCCCCAGAAUAGUUCAGAGCCUUUGGGAAUAGGUAAGGGAGGAAAGGACAUAAAUGCAUGGCUGAGGAACUGCACCACAUACCCGGAAAAGUCCAAGAAGGUGUGUUCCACACACGUUGUUCAACAGGCUCGAUGGACUAGGGAAAGCCCUACUAUCAGGUUGGCUGUGCUGUGCUUAGAACAGAGUGAGUCGAGAGUGGUUAGAAAGAAUUGGCUCCAAAUAGGUCACUCUGAACCAAUGUGGUAUACCAAUGAACACUGCGCAGGCCUGCCUGACGGCUCAGGAGGAUAUUGGAUACCCAAGGCAGCCAAUAAGGAUAUCAUUUCCAAAGCGGCGCCCCUGAAUCAUACUUGCACCACUAUGCGCCCAAGAUGGGAACCAUGCUGGAGCUGCUUAACUUUCACCUGUGCGAACCGACCAUCUAUGGGAGAUGACAGUCAAAAAUCUUUAACCUUUGGACCAUCGACAGUAACACCGCCACCUUAUAAAAACAGAUCUGAAAUUACAACACCAAAAGCGCUUUCACGGAAGCGACGCUCCACGGAAGAUAAAUUUAAAGAGUGUCAGCAGAAGUUGACAAAAGAGACCCCUUCUUUACACCCCUGUCUAUGGAAUACUGGUAGGAAAUGUAACAAACCCUACCAUUUCCAUGUAUUGACCUAUAAGGAUAUAGAUAUACAGAAUAACUAUGUUGCACCUGGGAUUACGAGCCUGUUUUUCCAGCCUAAGGGUUCCUUACCAUACCUAGGACCCGAAGUGGACCACGAACCCUGGCUAAAUGAUUCCUACACAUGGAUAAGACCAGUACGUUCGUCCAGAUGGAUUUCUGAGAAGGAGAAAUCAUUGUAUAGUUAGUAACGCGAGGGACACGUUGGUAUUAUCAACGGCUUCCUACCCCAAGUGAUUUGCUCUCCGUGCCCGACCGUGAUUUCCACAAAAUGGAUCAAUGUGUGGUUUUGGAAAUAUUUAACUAACUUCAUGGAAAAGAAUGGACGAGGGGCACCUCACCUCGAUGUCCUUUGGAAGAGAGUAUAGGAGCACUGUCUACCAAAUGGAUUUACAAUUGUACAAGCCUGAAAAAGAACGACACGGUCAAAGGAAUUUUGAAAGCAUGGCAAGAAUACCAUACGAGAGAGAAAACUAAGACUUGGUGGGGUUUUAACCAGAAGGAGAUAGUACAGUUCGUGAUACCAUGCUUAAAGACAUCCAAAAGUUUUUGGGUUAAGUACCAGUACUUGGCAACAGUGUACUCUAAAGAACAAGAUAUUUGGCCUGGUUAUGCAAGAAUAGGUGGUGGGGGAGUUGAUCCCCAGACCCUGGAAAAUGACUUGUAAUAAACAAAAAAACUAAUUGUACAAUACAACUAGCGAGACGGCACGGUGGACGACUGGUUAGAGCGUCAGCCUCACAGUUCUGAGGACCCGGGUGCAAUCCCUGGCCCCGGCUGUGUGGAGUUUGCAUGUUCUCCCCGUGCCUGCGUGGGUUUUCUCCGGUCACUCCGGUCUCCUCCCACAUCCCAAAAACAUGCAUGAAUUGGAGACUCUAAAUUGCCCGUAGGCAUGACUGUGAGUGCGAAUGGUUGUUUGUUCCUAUGGGCCAUGCGAUUGGCUGGCAACCAGUUCAGGGUGUACCCCGCCUCCUGCCCGAUGACAGCUGGGAUAGGCUCCAGCACGCCCGCGACCCUAGUGAGGAGAAGCGGCUCAGAAAAUGGAUGGAUGGAUGGAACUAGCGAGACAACCGUGUGAUAGAGUACCAAGGUUUGAGGAGUACUGUAAAAACAAAUAUCUAGAUAAAGAUUACGCUAGUAUAGAGGGGGCGGUAUGGACUAAGAAUAGUCAAAAACAGUGGAUACGACAGGAGGCUGUAAACAGACAAUAUUGCACGCGAUGGGAAAAGGAUUACGGUCUACAAGAGACAAUUGACCAGGGUAACGCCCAGAACUAUAUUCCAUACAAACCUGACCCUGAAAUACAGAUUCUUGAGGGACAUGCGUUGCGGAAGAUCUUAUGUGAAGGGAAAGAAGUAACAGGUUUCGACUGGGUAGGCUUUAAUAGAAUAUAUGGCCAAGGGAAAUGCCAGGAACCCUAUGAACAUUGGCUAUCAUGCGGCCAUGGCGACAGCCUACAUGAGUGUAAAUGGUAUGAAAGAGUUGGGAGGGUUCUGGGGGAAAAUAUCAAAGAAGUCGGCAAAGCUAUCGUCACAACUGCGGUAGAGAUUGUGGAAGAAAGCCUAGAUAUGGGUUCUUGGCUACUUAACCUUGCCAAGGAAAUAGGAUGGUGGCUCAUAUUAGGACUAGCACUAAUACUUGCGGCUGCGAUAGCUGUAGCACUCAUCAAGAGAGGACUACAGGGACAACCCAUGCCUUGGCAGUACAAGAAGUUGGGGACGCCUCCAAAAGGAAAUGUCGUUGAUAAAGUCUACAUGCAGCUGUGCAAGAAAUGGGCGGAGCCAAAGCUGAAGGAGCUGACGGCCAAGGAAGAAACCAAGGAGGGGGCGGGGCCUGCGUGAGUAUAAAAGCUGGCGCGCAGCUCUGUUCCCCUCAGUUCAUACUUCGUGGUGGAAGGGUAAACUUUGAGCCAUGGCGUGUUCUUCCUCUAACAAUGAUACUUAUGAUAGACCAGGCGCAAUGCAAAAUGUGAGUAAUGAACUUCAAUAUUGGAUGAUUUUAGCGAUAUGGGUAAUCUAUUGCUGUACCGGCCGAUGGCAUUUUCACCAGGUAACUCGGCUCGUCAUUUGUGCCAUAGCUAUAGUUAAAGUUUUGGUUUUGAGAUUUGUGUAUUGCACUUAUACCUUAGGACUCGGCAUGUUCGUCGUGUUUAUGCAUGGCCGAAUAAUAAUUGAUUAUAAAACACCCAAAGGUAUUGUAGAGACAUUUUUGUUGAUAGGCUGGAUAGUCUUAGACGUAACUUCAAUGAAAGCCUUUGAGAUAAUUUAUGGAGCGGUGGUGUUGGAGGGGGUACUUGCGAUAGCCAUGGCCUUAUACGUGAUGAACCUAGUCAUUGGUCUUCAAAAGAAUAAAAGUAAGAGGGUAUGGAUUUGGCGCUUGGCUAAAUUAAUAGUACGGGGGACCAUUUGGGGUAUUAUUUCCCUUCUUCUUUGGAUGCGCUUGAUUGACCAAUUAGUUUUAAUUGCCUGGUUCUUCACAUAUUCAGCCUUCUUUACCCUCCCACCUCAGAACUCUGCUGCUCGGCGAGUGACAUCCCCCUCACUGCCACGCAGUUUGAGGAUACGCUCUCUUGAUAGGAAUAACACGGCUAUUUACCGACCUCCGGGUCAGGUAACUUUUGUAAGGGACCAGGCUGAUGCCUAGGACCCCCUUCAGUUGAUGAUUUUGUGUUGACUAUGUGUAUGUUUACAGAAUGUAAUUACUCCGCGGUGUGUUCUUUGUGGGACUACUUCCCUUCGAUCCGCGUGGAUCAUGGGUGGUUCCUUCCUUGGACACUGCUGCUUCCCUUCACCGGUUAGUUCAAAGAAAGAUGUCUGGUUUGUACCUGAUGGACUCUACCUAAAAGCUGUGGCGAGUGAGGAAGGCUUCCUCACUGACGACUGGCUGUGGCUGACCUUUGCUGAUCUGGCGACUACGGGUAUUAUGACACAUUCAGUUCUAGGUGUACCUACGGUACCCCUCGAGAUUCUAACCGAGGACGGCCAUCUCCUGGGUCGAGUCUAUCCAUUGCUUUGCAUGGCUUGGCGCCAAGCUAACGGGAGCCACCGUUUUACCUUCCAUAUGAGAGGCGGUUCCUGUAUAGCAGUUAGCCCCGUGACACAACCACGAGAGGAACGGAGUUUUACCACUACCACUACUGCUGACCAUCGUUCGGACCGGGUAUGUAGGCCUGAGGCCUCCGAGCCCAGUGCCGCCCGACGAACGCCGGCGGUAAGCAUCGUCGCAUCGGCGGUACAUCCACCGUCUCCGGGGGAGGUGAUAGAGGUGGAUGAGGAAGAAGAGGAGGAGGGGACCCUAAACAACCACUGGACCCCUAUCUCUCCUCCACCCAUCCCACCGGUGUUACCUGAAGCAACACCUCCUCGUCCGGCUACACCCGAAACACCUAGCGAUAUGUUGGAAAUGCUGAUGGAUGUGGUGGUAAAUCCCAACUAUCUUGAUUCGGUGCCGAUUGUGGGAAUGGCGAGUGGCAUUCAGGAAUGGGCGACUAUUGUCAACGCGUUCAGAGCUACCCUGGGCCUAGUUCAUAGUGAGGCUGGGUCUCAGCUCAAGGAGGGGGUCUCAAGUGGGCUGCCAAGCCACAUGAAGCGAUGGAGUGAAAGGUAGUAAUUGGCUUAUGUGGCUGGGUUCAAUGUGUGUGAGCUCAGCCCCAGUUUCAAUUCCUGGGUUAACCACCAGAGGUCGCCAAACCAAAUUUAGAUCAUGAGUAUGAGUCGCCAGUUCAAGUCUUCUUAAUGUCUUAAUACUAUCAAAAUCCAAAUCAUAGUAAACAAACACAUACUGGAGUCAACAACUUAUAACCAUCUAUUUUGAUUUUAUAUUCUUAAGAUAAUUUUGAUGUUUCUUUGAUGUUGUAACUUUGAUGUUAUUCUGAGAAUCAUUUGAUACUGAGUACAUCAAGCCUAGUAAGGCUGUUAUACAUUAUUCUUACUUUUGUAUUACUAUUGAAAAAUGCUUUGAAACUGCUUUUGUGCAAAAACUGUAACCUGUGUAAGAUUGUCUCUCUCAGGCAAAGCAACACAAGAAGUACUACAAAGUCAAGAACAAACCUGUUGAAUGCAUGAGAGAAUUGUAUUCACAUGAAAGUAUAUACAUUUAUUUGACAUCUAACAUAUACACAAUUAUUGCAUAUUGCUUAGAGAUUAACAUGGUGUCAUGAAAUGUAUUGUCUGAGUUCAAGACAUAUGUAAUAUGCUUGUAGCUGAAUGUAUUUACUGAGAACCUAUUUGAGUGAGCAAAUAAGGGUCAAGUCAGGACACUGAAGUGGAGGUAGAAGGUACUUUCCACUCGGGUCAAGUCAGGACACGCUGAAGUGGAGGUAGAAGGUACUUUCCACUCGGGUCAAGUCAGGACACUCUGAAGUGGAAGUAGAAGGUACUUUCCACUCGGGUCAAGUCAGGACACGCUGAAGUGGAGGUAGAAGGUACUUUCCACUCAGGUCAAGUCAGGACACGCUGAAGUGGAAGUGAAGGGUACUUUCCACAGAAAAGGGGAGGUCUGAGCCCGACCAAGUUUAUAAAAGCCUCAUACGCAAAAUGCACGGCGCUCUCUUAUCCUCCAAAGGAUAGGGAGACGCACGCUCUUUUCUCUCGCAAUGACAGGGACAUGCUGACAGGAGGAAUUCAUCAGGCUACUUGGAUAGCUCUAAUAAAAGAAUAUUAUAAUAAGGUAAUUCAAAGAACCGCCAUUGACAUUGCGUGGAUAGGGAAGAGAGCUAGUCAGCUGUCCAUGGAUUCUUAUAUUCCAAAAUAUCUUAUUAUUAAUUAGGUUUAGGGCUCCGUAGGACUUGAUCACUCCUUAAAGCUCACUCAAAAGGUAAUACUUGUUUUAUGAUUUAAUACUUUUAACUCUUUCUAUUUCUUUUCAUUUCUAUUAUUAUUAUUAUUGUUUACUCUAUAAUACAAACCCUUACUGUCAUAUUAUUAUUCUAUCCUUAAAUAAUCACUGAAAUAAAAACCUUGCUAUAAUUCUAUUCUAUCUUUGUCAUUCUUAUAAUGAGAGUUGUCUCAUUCUUAUCACUCAACCUCUUAUAAGUGAUUGAACGUCGACGACACUAAUAUCACCGGGUCGUAACACCAUCCCAAAAGUAACUCAUAUAUAUAUAACUUCGGCUUAAUACAAAAACAAAUCCGUACGGUCCUAACAAGGAUUGUUAAAUUUACUAGGUCAAUGACAAGUGCAAACGAUUCAUAGAGAUGGAGCUGCUGUAAAAACGGUGUACUCACAUUAUUAUCCUUUCACUCUGUGCGGUUACUCAUCAAGGGGUGAUAAGUGAGAGCAGAUCGGAUUGGCUCCGUAAAACUAAAGGCAGUUAGCACACCUAGGCGAAUUCAUCUUGACACCGGCUUAAAAGCUCCCGUCCCCUUGCGCGUAAGGUGGUUGAGACGGUAAGGAAAAAGGGGGAGGCUUGACCCUUUAAACGGAGAGUUGGUCAGGACAAUUUUCCCGAUUAGUCCUGCGGAUAAGCGAAAUCUGACACUGUCGACAUGCUCCUCGCAAGAGAGGGAGGUGUUUGCGGUAUGUUUGGAGAACAAACAAUACUGCUUCAGAUGGCAGCUUGACCAGAGCCAUCGAUGGUCUACGGACCCUCAAUCAACACUCCUUAUGGGACAGCUGGAUGGAAGUUUUUGCAAUUACCCACAUGGAACCGUAUGGAGCAGAUGUAUCCUUUAUUGGAUGUUGAUAAUGAUGACGAUGAUGAUGAUGAUGAUGUUGUUGUUUUACCUGAUUUGUUUCCUGAUCCAGGUGAUUACGAUGUUUAAACUACAACAUUCAUGUAUGACAAGUUUACUCUGAGUGUAAAUGUAUUUGUUUCAUAAAAAUGAUUCUACAGUUAAAAAAUCGAAAUGAAGUGACUGUAAAAUGAUAUGAGAAUUUGUGCAAAUACAUGAUAAACAGGAGGGAAAUGUUAAAUAUAUUGUAGAAGUUAUCAUUUUUUUGCUUAGCUUGCAUUAGUAUUAUGGACGAUUUUGAGAAAGGAAGAUGUCUCGCCUUCAAGAAGAUGACUCAGCAGGAAUCAUCCGAUGGAAGGGCGCCUUGACCAAGGACGUGGUCGGGGACGUGGCAGGUGUUGGUGCCAUGUCUUCACCUUGAAACCCUACUCUUAGUGUGUUGUGUCUUGUAGCUUAGUACGUUAUGUCUUGUAAAACCUCCCUAUUUCAAAUAAACACAGGAGCGACGGGAGAGAUUGUUUAGAGCGUGUUGAGAGGCUGUAAUCUGAACAAUCUCCCAUACGCCCUCCUCAUGAGAAA